AUGGAGAGGGACGUCGUGGUCUCCGACCCCGAGGCCGCCGGGUCCUCGUCCACCCCCGCCUCCUCGUCGUACUCCUCCUUCGCCGAGACCAGGGUCAUCUGCCGCGUGUGUCAGAAGCAGUUCGCGCAGUACACUUGCCCCCGCUGCAACGCUCGGUACUGCUCGCUCUCGUGCUACAAGGGUCAUAGUGUUCAAUGCACUGAAUCCUUCAUGCAUGAGAAUGUUAUGGAUGAGCUUAAGCAGAUGCAACCUGAGGAUGAAACAAAGAAAAAGAUGCUAGAUAUCCUCAAGCGUCUCCACUUGGAAGAAGAGAUGGAGUCAGAUGGUGAAGAUGAGUCAAUGUUAUCAGAGGAGCUUAUUCAAAAGUUAUGUCUGACUACAAGUUCGUUAGAAUCAAUAAAUAUUGGGGAAGAGAUAAGGCUUGAAGACCUCUCUGAUUAUGAAAUCAAACGAUUUCGUCAAGCUCUGGCCUCAGCCAGAUCGAUUUCCCUUGGCCCGGAUGGAAGUCAGCUUAUCAGACAAGUAAACACAGAAGACACUGCUAUAUCAUAUCCAGAUCCAAAGACUGACCAAGAGGCUAGCAUCAACGAAAUCCCUGAAGGGCCAGAAUCUCCUCUCCCGUCACUGAAACAGUUAACAAGGACAGAGCCAUCUCCUUUGCUUGCUGUCCACUUGGUUGACAUCCUGUACAGUUACUGCUUCACACUUCGGCUCUACAACGGUGAUUGGCACUCGGAUCCUUUGGGUGCUUCCACUGUCGCCCUGUCAAUGUCGAAAGUCAUGGGCCAGGAUGCUAAACCUGAGACUGUACCUGAAGCACUCACGGCCUGCAUCGAGGAGACAUGCUCACCAGCUUACAGGCAUACUGGUGGUUUCAGGUUUGCUAUUGGACUCGUGGAUGAUAUCAUCACCAUUCUCUCCUUGGGACAGAAUGCGCUUAUUUGUGCACUAUCGACUUCCAUCGACUCGUUGAAGUUGGCAAGAGCAUGCUGA